CUUUCUUGCUUUCAUAUCUUAAUAAAAAGCCAACUUUUUAAUCAUCACUGGUUGCAGAAUCGAUUUUUGUGGCUGCACUGGUAGUUCUGGGUGUAGUAGUGGGUGGGCAAGAGGCAGAGCCUGCGAUUACCUCGCUGAACCGAAAUCUAGCAUGGGACAAGUCAUUAGAUAAUGAAGAUAGCAAAUGGGAUGGUUAUUUUUUCUGUUAUAAUCCAUCACUGUGUCUUGUUUUGUGCUGCUUCUGACAUCAUAACCAGUGACAAUCCCGUAAGCGAUGGUGAGCUUCUGAUUUCUAAAGAAAACAAGUUUGCUCUUGGGUUCUUCACUCCUGGCAAAUCAAACUAUCGAUAUAUAGGAAUUUGGUACUACAAUUUGCCAGAGAAAACUGUUGUUUGGGUGGCUAACAGAGAUGAUCCCUUGCAUGACACCUCUGGAGUUCUGUCCAUCAACUCAAAUGGAAAUCUAAUUCUCCAUCACAACUACUCUGACUUCCCCAUUUGGUCUGCGAAUGUUUCUAUCACUGUUCCACAUGCAACAAUUAUGGCUCAGCUCACAGAUUUAGGUAAUCUUGUUUUGAUUCAAAAUCACUCCAAAACUGUUAUCUGGCAGAGCUUUGAUCAUCACACUGAUACCUUACUUCCGUAUGCCAAAUUGGGAGUCAACAAAAAAACUGGUCAGAACUGGUUCUUGCAGGCGUGGAAGACAGAUGAUGACCCUGGAACUGGAAGCUUCUCUGUUAGGUUCAAUACUAGUGGGAAAGCUCAGAUGUUUGCAUACAAGAGGAAUAACCCAGUGUGGCGAGCAGGAUCCUACAAUGGCGAAAUAUUUGUGGGUAUCCCAUUUAUCAAACGGGCUACAGCCACUGAUUAUGGCAUUAAUGUCACUGACAAUGAUAAUGAGGUUGGAUUUCUAUUUUACGCUUUUGACAAGAAAACCAUCAUAAGGGUGGUUGCUCUUCAGUCUGGAUUCUUUCAAACAUUGCUAUGGGAUUAUGAUAAGCAACAAUGGAAUCGAUUUUGGUCUGCUCCAGAAGUAGAUUGUGACAACUAUGGAUCAUGCGGUACCAACAGCAACUGUGACCCUCUUAACUAUGCAAAUUUCAAGUGUUCUUGCCUACCUGGGUUUGAACCUGGAAAUACAACAAAUUGGUAUCAACAUGGCGAUGCAACAGAGGGUUGUGUGAGGAAGAAAGGGCCAUCCUUAUGUGGGAAUGGAGAGGGCUUUGUUAGAGUAGAAAGCGUUAAAAUUCCUGACACAUCUGUGGCAAAUGCUAAUAUGGAGAUGAGUUUGGAAGAAUGUGAACAAGAGUGCUUGAGGAACUGUUCUUGUAAUGCCUACGCAGCUGCUGAUGUGAGAAAUGGUGGAAGUGGAUGCUUGACAUGGUAUGGUACUUUGAUGGACACGCAGAUCUUAAGUCAAGAAGGCCAUGGUUUAUUUGUUCGUGUUGAUGCUGUUGAACUCGCAAAAUAUGCUAGGAAGUCAAAAAGAGCACUUGCCAAGUCGGCGAUAGUGGGUAUUGCAACAGCUUGUGUCACGUUGAUUACUCUUAUUGCCUUGUUUGUCUACUGCUUUUGGAACAGAAAAAGAAAAGAUGAAAUAGCCGAACAAGAAUUAAAAUUAAAUUCCCCUACAGAAGAGGAGGAUGGAGAAAAUAGAGCACAACCAAGCUUACCAUUUUUCAACAUCAAAACCAUGAUGACUGCAACAAACAAUUUCUCAGAAGAGAAUCAAUUAGGGCAAGGUGGAUUUGGUUCUGUAUACAAGGGCAUAUUAGUUAAUGGACAAGAGAUAGCAGUCAAAAGAUUGUCUCAAGGUUCUGGACAAGGCACGCAAGAGUUCAAGAAUGAAAUUAGACUAAUUGCAAAACUACAACACAGGAAUCUUGUGAAACUGCUUGGUUAUUGCAUUCAUAAGGAAGAAAGGAUGUUGAUCUAUGAGUACUUGCCCAACAAAAGCUUGAACUUUUUCCUCUUUGAUAGGAAUCAAGGAACGAUAUUAAAUUGGGACACACGUUUUCAUAUUAUAUUUGGAAUUGCUCGAGGUUUGCUUUAUCUUCAUCAAGAUUCAAGGUUAAAAAUAAUCCAUAGAGACCUUAAAGCUAGCAAUGUCCUUCUAGAUGUUACAAUGAAUCCAAAAAUUUCUGAUUUUGGUAUGGCUAGAAUAUUUGAAGAGGAUCAAAUUCAAGCAAGAACUAGACGAAUCGUUGGAACAUAUGGUUAUAUGUCUCCAGAAUAUGCAAUGGUAGGGCAAUAUUCAACAAAGUCCGAUGUUUUCAGUUUCGGUAUUCUAUUGUUAGAGAUUAUUAGUGGAAAGAGAAAUACAUAUUGUCUCAAAGAACAAGCAUCCGCAAAUUUGAUUGGACAGGUUUGGGACUUGUGGAGAGAAGGAAAAGCCUUGGAAAUAAUGGAUUCAACACUUGGUGAAUCUUAUCCUCUUGAUGUAGCCCUAAGGUGUAUACAAAUUGGGCUAUUGUGUGUGCAAGAAAGUGCCUUCUAUAGGCCAUCCGUGUUGGAAGUCAUUUUCAUGCUUGGCAAUGAAGUAACCCUUCCUUCACCUCGAAAACCUGCUUUCUUGUUCAAUUCUAACGUAGAGCAUUCAGAAUCUUCAACAUCUGGAGAUCCUUCAAUAAACAAUGUCACAACUACUACAAUCAGUGCUCGAUGAACAUGAAUUGAUAGAUAUAA